UUCGUGAAACAGAGAGCAGUUGGGAAAAUUAGGGUUUCAAAUUUAUUUAGAAGAUUUAACCUUAAGAACUUUGAACGGGUAGAAAUCUCAGUUGUUACUAAGAAGAAAAUGAGCUCUACUGGUGUAAUAUUCAAUUGUCACUACAAGGGGAAGUGGAAAAAUUCAAGUCCCGACCUUGCUUACGACGGAGGUAAUGUACAGAUUAUUGAUUGUGAUCCACGUGAGAUCUUUACCCACUUGGUGAAUGUAUUGGGCGUGUCACUAUAUAACCAGAGGAUAUGGUAUAAGAUGCCAUAUGAGAGUCUUGAAGAGCUAAAGAUCAUAUUUAAUGGUGACCAAAAUUUUCAGAGGAUGUGUGAAGCAGCUGUACGGACGAAAAUGGUUGAUGUAUUUCUCGAGGAAGAUGAUGUUAAUGAUGAUGUUUCUCAUGCUAAUGAGACUGUGGGAGAUGCUUUUCAUGCGACAGUUGGUGGUAACAGAGAUGAGAUGUGUGAGGAGGAAGCUCGUAUUGAGGAAAAUAUAGCAGGAUUUGUUGAUGAGGAAGAACAAUGCAAUGAUGAGGAUACACCACCCAACUCGGAUUGUGAUGAAGAGGAUGGAGCAAAUGGUCGGAAACAUUAUGAUAAAUACAUAAAAUUCAGUGGAGAGAUCAGGCUGGAGCAGACGUUUGAUACCAUCACUGAGUUCAAAGAAGCCAUUGUCGAUUAUGUGCUUAAAACAGGACGGAAUGUGAAGUUCACUAGAUGGGGAUCCGAAAAAUCCGAAGUAAGGUGUACAAUUGGUGAAGGUUGUCCUUUUAGGAUAUAUUGUUCGUAUGAGAAACCAAUAAAAUUGUUCAUGGUUAAGUUCUGCAAUGAUGAGCAUUCUUGUGACAAGGACGGGUUUAGCAAAGUGGUGAAGGACAGUGUAAUUGCAAAACUGUUCUUGAAUGACUUUAGAAGAAAUCCUGAUUUGAUGCCACAAGCAAUGCAACAAACUCUUGAGGACCGAUAUGACUUGGUUGUGACACAUAACCAGUGUAGAAAAGCAAAGGGGAAAGCUUUAAAGAUGAUUCAAGAUGAAGAUGAUGAGCAAUUUUCAAGGUUCAGAGACUACAAAACAGAGCUUUUGAGAACUAAUCCAGAGUCGACUAUUGAGCUUGGGACAGUGCCUGGAGUUGAAGGAGUUGAUUUAUUCGAUCAUUUCUAUGUCUGUUUUAAAGCACUCCGUGACACAUGGCGUGCCUACUGCCGUCCUAUUAUUGGGAUCGAUGGUUGUUUUUUAAAGAACAAUGUCAAAGGUCAACUCUUGGCAGCUGUUGGAAGAGAUGCAAACAAUCAGCUCUAUCCAGUUGCUUGGGCAGUUGUACAAGUGGAAAACACAGACAAUUGGGUAUGGUUCAUUGCAAAACUCAAAACUGACCUUGGUAUUGGUGAUGGAGAAGGAUUCACGCUAAUAUCGGAUAGGCAAAAAGGUUUGCUUAUUGCUGUGGAUCAAGAGCUUCCUAAGAUAUAA